CUCGACUCUUAAACCUUGCCUCUGCACUUAAACUUGAUGGAGACAGCUGACCAGUGUUUAGGUUCCUGGUCCAUGAAUGGUAGGUGCAGGUUUGUUAAGAUUGCCAUUUCCGUCCUUUCCCUCUCAUUUCACUCCAUUUCUUAGCGAACACUUUCCGCAGAUAUCUCCCAAUCAUCAUAUCAUAGAUAUUAGAGAAUAACACACGCACCUAAAUCAUAAAAACUUGCUGUUCAAAGAAAAAAAAACAACAAAAAUUAAACCAGUCUUUUGAGCAGCAGAUGACUGCUUCCAACCAUGAUAACUGAUGAAGCAAAACAAAAUCUAUAUCCCUGCCUACUCAUCGGGUAAUCAGAAUAGCCAUAAUAGCAAGCAAGAAUUUAGACCAACCAAGCUGCCAGCCUGUUUUGCAAAAUUUUGCAAUCAAUUAUCUGGCCAAAUCAGAUAGUAGAAGGGACAUAACAUUCAAACGAAGACUACGUCUCUCCCUCCGACAUUUCACCUAACAUUUUCUGCUUCCAAACCUUUGAUUCCUCUCUGUUUAUAUAUUACAACCUAUUCUCUGCUGCAAUUCCCAUCUCAAACAAAAUGGCUCCAAUGUCUUGGGCACUCAUUUUGACUUGUCUCAGCUUUCAACUAGCCAUUACAAAUGCACAGGGACCGGCUGCCUCACCUUCCACUACACCAACCACCAUAACUCCACCUUCAACUUCACCACCACCUCCAACAGCAACACCUCCGCCUUCAACUGCAACACCUCCACCAACCACAACACCCCCACCUUCUACCACACCAACAGCACCAGCACAGCCACCUGCAACCACGCCCCCACCUGUAACAACCCCAGCUCCAAAAGUUGCACCAGCUACAAGCCCAACAGUCCCACCUCCUCAAAUUCCACCACCACAACCACCCCAAACUCCUCCAACCACAGCUCCAGUGCAACCACCAGCAGUGCCACCACCACCAGCAUCACCACCACGAGUAUCUCCUGCACCGGCCCAAGCACCACCAGCACCGGCACCAGCCAAGGAAGCACCAGUGCCUGCACCAGCAAAGUUGCCACCAGCACUUGCACCCAUUAUUUUGCCACCAGCACCAGCACCAGCUCCUAGCAAGCACAGGAGAAGGCACAGGCACAGGCACAGGAGGCACCAUGCACCAGCUCCAGCACCAACUGUCCCAAGCCCCCCCGCACCGCCAACAGUACCAACUACAGAUGACACAACGCCAGCACCAUCACCAAGUCUCAACUUGAAUGGAGGAGAUUCUUUGUUUCUGGCAGGAGGAAAGUCUUUGUGGGCAAGGACAGGAUUAACAAUUGCCAUUUUGAUUGCUAUUACAGGCUAUAGUUUCUAGGAACCUUAUAAAAUGAGGCGUGUUUCCUUGUCAUACUUUUCCUUUUUCUCAUUUCCUUUUUCUCUGUCAUAUCUGACAGAGAAUAUUAUUUCAUUUGUAUAACAAAAAGUAAGAUAAACUGAAAUUUUAAUAGAAUAGAUAUGAAUAAGACCAAAGUUGAAAAACCAAAAUAUUGGUAGCAUUUUUUAAUUGCUUAUCCUAUUAUUACAUGGUUGAUUGACAAUGAAGA